AUGACUCGCCCAAACUUCAUCGAGUUGCCCCCCCAAGACAGUCGUUCGGCUAGUGUGCUAUCGAGACAUGCUCUGUCACCGCGGAUUCAACAUCUUGACGGCGACGUCCCCCCCGCGCUGUCGCCAUUGGACGCCAUUGCUGCCCGCAGUCGAAAACUGGCCAAAGAAUUGGAGGAAACCAGGAAAGCGGGCGAGCGACGCAUGAGCAGACUUCCACCUCAAGUCGUGACGGAUUCCCUGACCGAACACCAAAACAAUCGACCCCCCAUCUUUCGAGCCUUGUCCGAUGGCCUUGACACCGUUCCGCCUCUCCCAACAUGGGACAAGGAUCGCGGCGGUAGUUUCGCUCGGGUUGCUCAUCCUGUGAACCGCCCGGCUUCCCAACGGGUCCGUGUGAGUGCCGUUGUCAAGUCAGGCGAGGAUCAAGAAGGCAAAGAACCCUCUCCGGUGCAAGAUUACUUUGGCGCCCCUCGAGUAGAAUCUCCUCCACCAAUGGAGCCCAAGAGACCAUUCUCACCCUCUCAUGGCGUGGGCAGUCCUUCUCUGCAUCCCCAACCUGAACUGUCAAGACAGGUUUCGGGCAUGUCUCAAUCGGAUCUCAGUGCAACUUUGGCACCUCCACGGUCGUAUUCAAACAGACUUCGACCCUACCAAGACGCCUCUGACGACGACUAUACCAGUUCCAACGCGGGAUCGACCUUUUCGCAAUCGAGGAAGCUUUCGUCCAGCAGCGGCAUCUCUGCCCCCCAUUCUCCAAUCUCACCCUACGCGCAGUCUCAUGCUCGAUCACCCUCCAACACAUCACUCGGGUCCCCCACUCACAAGAUGCCGGCGCGGAAUUUCUCACGGCCCCUGAGUUCAGUCAGUAUGGGCAACCUCAAGGGCGAGAAAAGCCCGACCAAAGCCACCUUCGCCAACCGGUUGAGCCAGCUCCGGGCUGCGAAUUCUUUUGAUAAUAUCGCAUCGCCGGUCGAUGGAUAUCUAGCUGGAGAGGCGUCUUCGUACACUCACGCGACCUACAGCUUGCCUAGAGGCCGCGUGAUAUCCGAUCGGACUUCUGGAGUCUUUUCGGGACUCUCUACGCCCCAUUUUGAGUGGCAAGAACCAAUGUUUCCUUGCACGCCCCCGUUAGAAGGGAAAAGCAGCACAGAGCUUCCCGUCCCAUCUCCAAUUGCAUCUGCCCGUCCCAGCAGAGAAGACCAAAGUCAUCAGAGAUCGGGCCUAUCCUUUGAACUCAAUACGGAGCACGCAUUGACCGCCCCUGACCGCCCCACCCCCUCAACGGCAUAUUACACACCAACAGGGUCUCUCAGGUCGAAUGAGUCUUCAAGUUCGAGACCCUCAAUGGGCCAGCUUCCUCAUCCAGCCUCUACGUUUGUGCUUCCUCCUACACCCUUAUCCCCAGUCGAAGAAGCAUCACAUUCUUCACGAUCGACGAGCACAGUUCGGCCAACAACUAGCCGGUCUAACAGCAACUACCAAGGACUUUCCAUGGAUGAGCAUGUAGCCAAGGCAAUCGAGCUCCAUCAAGAGGGCGAGCUGAAAGAAUCGACAUAUCACCUGCGCAUAGCAGCCAACAAGGGCCACCCAACCGCGAUGCUACUGUACGCGCUCGCUUGCCGCCACGGCUGGGGCAUGCGAGCGAAUGCAAAGGAAGGUGUACAAUGGCUUCGCAAGGCCGUAAACUACGCAAUGCUCGAAGUUGCGGAUGACGAAGACCCGGCGAACCAGAAGCCGGGGGUCGAUGUCAACGAGAAAAAGGCGCAUCGAGCCCAGUUUGCGCUGAGCAUAUAUGAGCUUGGGGUGUCGCAUCUCAAUGGUUGGGGCGUCGAGCAAGACAAAGCGCUGGCUCUGAGAUGUUUUGAGAUUGCCGGCAACUGGGGUGACACAGAUGCCUUGACCGAAGCAGGCUUCUGUUACGCAGAAGGCAUCGGUUGCAAGAAAGACAUGAAAAAGGCUGCCAAAUUCUAUCGGAGGGCUGAGGCAAAGGGUGUCAGUAUGGUUGGAAAUAGCUGGAUCCACAAGGAGAAAUACAACGACUCGGACGACGAGACUGAUGACAGAGCACGGUCGCUGCGAAAGACGUCGGCGGAGAAGACGCGCAGCAAGUCCAAGUCUCGCGGGAUUUUUGGACGAAAGAAAACAUCACUCUAA